AUGAAGGAUACAGUACCCCCAAAGAGCGACUGCUCCACGAAUGAUCCCCUACCGAAUGUGAAAAAUAUUCUCGUAACAGGAUGUGCUGAAUUCAUUGGUGGAUGGUUUGUUCGCAUGAUAGUUCACGCCUAUGCGAAUGACUAUCGGGUGAUCGGGUUCGAUAAUCUGGAGUCUUCAUCCUCUUUCUGCUUUGUGAAAGGCGAUAUCUGCAACUUUUCAGAUGUGAUGGCUGCAAUGAAGCAUCACAAGGUCGAAGCGGUUGUUCAUUUUGCUGCUCGAACUCAUGUCGACCAGUCAUUCUCAAGCCCCCUAGCCUUUACGACCACCAAUAUUGUCGGGACGCAGGUCUUGCUCGAGGCUGCAAAGACGAUGGGCUGCAUCCAUGGAUUCGUCUACAUCUCGACUGACGAGUUGUAUGGCGAGAAUGAUCUCGACAGGUGCUUUGCCUUUACCGAAGAUCAGCCUUUAGACCCAACCAACCCCUACGCAGCGAGUAAAGCAGCUGCAGAGAGGAUUGUUCGCGCUUAUGAGGAGUCCUUUGGACUUCCGGUGAUAAUAACGCGAUGCAACAAUGUCUUCGGACCGUACCAACAUCCAGAAAGUGAGGCAACCAUAUCAAAGUCAACCCCAAUGACAAGCGCUGAUCGGGAGCUGACACAGAGAUGA